UGCCCCAGCGGGAAGGAGAUGAUGCAAAGUGCCAUGUUCUUGGCUGUGCAGCACGACUGUGGCUCCAUGGACAAGAGCUCAGGCAGCGGCCCCAGGAGCGAGGAGAAGCGAGAAAAGAUGAAACGGACCCUUUUAAAAGAUUGGAAGACCCGUUUGAGCUACUUCUUGCAAAAUUCCUCCACUCCUGGGAAGCUCAAAACCAGCAAGAAAAGCAAACAGGAAACUUUUAUCAAGCCUUCUCCUGAGGAAGCCCAGCUGUGGUCAGAAGCAUUCGAUGAGCUGCUUGCCAGUAAAUAUGGUCUUGCUGCAUUCAGGGCAUUUUUGAAAUCUGAAUUCUGUGAAGAAAAUAUUGAAUUCUGGCUGGCCUGUGAAGACUUCAAAAAAACAAAAUCACCCCAAAAGCUGUCCUCAAAAGCAAGGAAGAUAUAUACUGACUUCAUAGAAAAGGAAGCUCCAAAAGAGAUAAACAUAGACUUUCAGACCAAAACUCAGAUAGCCCAAAAUAUACAAGAGGCUACAAGUGGCUGCUUUACAACUGCCCAGAAAAGGGUAUACAGCUUGAUGGAGAACAACUCUUAUCCCCGCUUCUUGGAGUCAGAAUUCUACCAGGACUUGUGUAAAAAGCCACAGAUCACCAUAGAGCCCCAUGCUACAUGAGAUGAAAAGGGGAGUGCUAAAGUGGAGGACAUUUUGUUCUUUUUCCUAAGAGGAAAGGCUGUGACCUGUCAAAAAGACUGACCUUGAGUUCAGCCUGGGUGUUCAGGAAACAUCAUUCAGAACUAUUGAUUCAGAGUCGGGUAGUGAAUCAGCAAGCCAGUCAUUGUCUAGGACAAGGUUGUAUCAGAAAAGCUGCUGUCACUGUGUAUAGAACACGGAGGGAAUACGUGCUCUGAAUGUGGUGUGUCUCACACUGGAAAAGCAAGAAUGUGAGAAGAAAGAUGCAGUGUAAUACUGUUGGUCCAAAAGCAUUUAAAAUCAAUAGGUCUGGGAUUAUGUGGCCUUAACUAGCUGGCUGUACAUCUUUCCCUAAAUCAGCCCGUCACCACAUAGUGGUUUUAGUUUUAGUGUUUUAGUACUAAGUAACAUUAAAAUGUUUACUAUGUACAAGGGUAUUGAUGUUCUUAUGACUACAUAUCAGUACUGUUUCAUGUAAUACUGAAGCGCUGCAGCUGAAAUGGUCUGUUUGAAUUGUUAAAUGGCGUGCGAAAUAGAAUGAAUGCUGUCGUGUAGAAAACCACAAUGUCUGUUAGGAGUGCCAAAAACUGUCUGGAAGGCAGCUAAACUUUGAAGUGUUCUUUGAGUACCUUUAAUAAAUAUAUUUUGAUAAAUAAUGUUAUUGAA